CCCCCUGUCCUUCUCGCCCAGCGUGCAUCCUGCCGUAGGGACGGUCGAGCCAUGGCGGCCUUACUGAGACCAGCCCGUUGGCUCCUUCGAGCCGGGGCGGCCCCGCGCCUCCCGCUCUCCCUGCGCCUCUUCGCAGGCGGCCUGAGCCGGCCGCACGCUGCCCCUUGUCUGCCCGCCGCCCGCGCCGGGCCUGUCGCCGGAGGGCUACUGAACCAAGCCAGGCUGUAUGCCAUUGCUGCUGAGAAAAAGAAUUAUCUUCAAGAGGAGCCUGCUUCUUCUCAUAGAAGGAAUGCCAGUCAAUUUGACUGGGCUCUAAUGAGACUGGAUAAUUCUGUCCGAAGAACUGGCCGCAUCCCAAAGACACUUCUACAAAAAGUCUUUGACAAUACCUGUCACUCAGGUAGCCCAGGUGGUAAUCAAGCCUUGCUUCUCCUGCGCAGCUGUGGUUCUCUUUUGCCUGAACUACAGCUCUCAGAGAGAACAGAAUUUGCUCAUAGGAUAUGGGACAAACUUCAGAAAUUGGGUACUGUGUAUGACGUAAGUCACUACAAUGCUUUACUUAAAGUCUAUCUUCAAAAUGAAUAUAAAUUUUCACCAACUGACUUCUUGGCAAAAAUGGAGGAAGCAAACAUUCAACCAAAUCGAGUGACAUACCAGAGGUUGAUUGCUGCUUAUUGUAAUAUGGGGGAUAUUGAAGGUGCCAGCAAGAUUCUUGGAUUUAUGAAAACUAAGGAUCUGCCCGUCACGGAGGCUGUUUUCAGUGCCCUUGUUACAGGGCACGCAAGAGCCGGAGAUAUAGAGAAUGCAGAAAAUAUUCUCACAGUGAUGAAGGAGGCUGGAAUUGAGCCUGGUCCAGACACAUACUUAACAUUAUUGAAUGCAUAUGCUGAAAAGGGUGACAUUGACCGUGUUAAGCAGACUCUGGAGAAGGUGGAGAAGUCUGAUCUUUACCUUAUGGACCGUGAUUUAUUGCAAAUCAUUUUUAGUUUCAGUAAAGCUGGGUAUUCUCAGUACGUCCCAGAAAUUUUGGAAAAAAUUACAUAUGAAAGAAGAUACAUUCCAGAUGCAAUGAACCUCAUUUUGCUUUUAGUCACUGAAAAAUUGGAAGAUACAGCGUUCCAAAUUUUAUUAGCAUGUCCUGUAUCAAGGGAAGACGGUCUGAGUGACUUUGUCGGUUUCUUUUUGCAACACUGUGUGACUAUGAAUACGCCUGCAGAGAAGCUGAAAGACUACUGCAGGAAGUUAAAGGAGUCCCAGAUGCACACAUCUCCUUUGCAGUUCACGCUUCAGAGCGCUUUACUAGCUAAUAAAACUGAUUUGGCGAAAGCUCUGAUGAAGGCUCUGAAGGAAGAAGGUUUUCCUGUCAGAAUUCAUUAUUUCUGGCCAUUGCUAGUUGGACAUCAGAAGGAGAAAGAUGUUCAAGGUAUAAUAGAAGUUCUCAAAGCAAUGCACGAAAUGGGAGUAAGUCCUGAUCAGGAGACAUAUAUAAAUUACGUGUUUCCAUCCUUUGAUAGUGUGAGGUCAGCUCAUGCUGUUUUGCAGGAAAAUGGAUAUCUGCCUGAAAGCAGUGUAUUUUCACAAGCUGAAUUGAGAAGUGAAGCAGUCAGUGGGAACUUAGCCUAUAUUUUAUCAUUUUUGCAAUCAAAUACACAGCCUUUGCCACUCAUUUCUUUGAGAAACACUCUAAGUCUAGGCUUUAGGAGGUGUAUGGAUAUAAACCUUUGGAGCAAGAUAACAGAACUGUUGUAUAAGAACGGACUUUAUUGCCAGGAGCCUUCAGGACCAACGGAAGCUGUUGGCUAUUUUCUUUAUAACUUGAUUGACAGCAUGAGUGACUCAGAGGUACAGGCCAAGGAGGAGUGUUUGAGACAAUACUUCCAUCAGCUGAAGAAGAUGAAUGUUAAAAUUCCUGAAAAUAUCUACAGAGGCAUUCGUAAUCUACUGGAUAGCUACCAUGUUCCUGAAUUGAUUAAGGAUAUUAAUAUACUGGUUGAAAGAGAGAAGACAGACUCUCGAAAAACUGCACAGCUGCCAUCAUCUGCUUUGGAGUCUACACUUGAAAAGCUGAAAGAUACAAAUCAACCUAUAGGAGAUGUCCUAAAGCAACUCAUACUAGCGCUUUGUUCAGAAGAGAACAUGCAAAAAGCUCUUGAAGUGAAAGCAAAAUAUGAAUCAGACAUGGUUGUUGGUGGCUAUGCCGCUUUAAUAAAUUUGUGCUGUCGACAUGAUAAUGCAGAAGAUGCAUUGAACCUGAAACAAGAAUUUGACCGUUUAGAUUCAUCUGCUGUCCUGGACACUGGCAAAUAUGUAGGCCUUGUGAAAGUAUUGGGAAAACAUGGCAAGCUCCAAGAUGCUAUUAACAUUCUAAAGGAGAUGAAAGAGAAGGAUGUUCUUAUCAAAGAUGCAACAGUCUUGUCCUUUUUCCACAUCCUUAAUGGCGCAGCUUUAAGAGGUGAAACCGAAACAGUGGAACAGUUGCAUGAAGCCAUCAUGACUCUAGGGUUAACGAAACCCUCUGCUUCCUUAAGUUCCCCGUUGGUCACUCUGUAUCUGGAAAAGGAUGACUUAGGUGCUGCACUUGAAGUCUCCAUCAACUGCUAUGAAAAGUAUAAAGUAUUACCAAGGAUUCAUGAUAUCUUAUGUAAACUGGUAGAGAAAGGCGAGACUGAUCUAAUUCAGAAAGCAAUGAACUUUGUGAGCCAGCAACAAGGUGAAAUGACAAUGCUAUAUGAUCUCUUCUUCGCCUUCCUACAAACAGGAAAUUACAAAGAGGCCAAGAAGAUCAUUGAGACUCCAGGCAUUAGAGCUCGAUCUGCAAGACUUCAGUGGUUUUGUGAUAGAUGUAUUUCAAGUAAUCAGGUCGAAGUUCUAGAAAAAUUAGUGGAGCUGACACAGAAACUGUUUGAAUGUGAUAGAGACCAGCUGUACUACAGUCUGCUAAAAUUAUAUAAAAUAAAUGGUGACUGGCAAAAAGCUGAUGCUGUGUGGAAUAAAAUGCAAGAAGAAAAUAUUAUUCCGCGUGCAAAGACAUUAAGAUUAUUAGCAGAAAUCCUUAGAAACAGUAAUCAGGAGGUUCCAUUUGACGUACCUGAGUUGUGGUAUGAGGAUGAAAAGCACUCCGUGAAUUCUUCACCACCCUCACAUGCAGAAAGUAAUAUACAGAAAGAUCUGUUGAAUGCCUGCCAGCAAAGGAAAAGCAAAGAUGCAUAUGCUAUUUUCCUGAAGGCACAAAAGGAAAACAUUGUGUUGAAUAGUGAGACUUACAGCAGUCUUAUAAAAUUACUGUUGGAGAAGGAUUGUUUCUUAGAAGCAGUGCAAGUGAAAAAACUCGCUGAGACCCACAUCAAGGGCUUCACACUGAACGAUGCUGCCAACAGCCUCCUCAUCAUAACGCAAGUUAGGUGGGAUUAUUUGAAAGAGGCUCUGACAACACUAAGAACAGCCUUGGACCUGGAGCAGAUACCUUCUAGGGUGGCAGUGACCCGCCUUAUUCAGGCGUGUGCCUUGAAGGGUGAUGUAGAAAGCAUACAGGCGAUUCAGAUGAUGGUAGAUGGAUACGAACAUUCAAUUGGACUUUCACAUAUGGUUUUCAUCAAUAACAUUGCUUUGGCACAAAUAAAGAACAAUAACAUAGAUGUCGCAAUAGAAAACAUUGAAAAUAUGCUUACUUCGGAGAACCAAACCAUGGAACCCCAGUACUUUGGCUUGGCAUACUUAUUCAGAAAAGUCAUAGAGGAGCAGUUGGAACCAGCAGUUGAAAAGAUAAGCAUCAUGGCGGAGAGACUGGCCAAUCAGUUUGCAGUUUACAAACCUGUCACUGAUCUUUUCCUUCAGCUUCUGGAUUCAGGCAGGGUGGAUGAUGCCAGAGCUCUCCUACAGAGAUGUGGUGCGAUUGCUGAACAAACUUCAAUCUUCUUGGUGUUCUGUCUGAGGAGCGCUCAGAGACCAGGAAAGGCAUCAACUCUGAAGUCUUUGUUAGAAUUGAUUCCUGAAUUAAUUGAAAAGGAAGAAACAUACACUUCAGUCAUGAAAAGCUAUGCCUUAGACAAGGACGCUGUAUCUGCCAAAGCACUGUAUGAACAUCUGACUGCAAGGAAUAUAAAAUUGAAUGAUCUGUUUCUAAAGCGUUACGCAGUUUUGCUGAAGAAGGCUGGAGAGCCUGUCCCCUUCACCGAACCCCCUGAAAGCUUCGAAUUUUAUGCAAAGAAGUUGAAGGAAUCAACGGGAAACCCUUCAUGAAGCAAGCAGGCACUAUAUUUUGUGUGUAUUUGUGAUUCAAUGUCUAAAAUGUUAUUUUUAAAAUAUAUUUGAGAGGACAGAAUAAAUAAAUGAAAAGUUACAUUGUGUAUUUUUUUUAUUCAUAAUGUAUAUAUGUUCAACACUAUUGACAAUAACUGUGCACUUAGUCAAUAAACUUUUUGGGGUUUUGCCUACAACAUAAAUCUGCAGCAUUUAAGACUUGCUUCAUCCCUUUUGCCCACCUGAGGCAACCACCAGUCUGUUCUCUACACCCAUGAGCUUGGGGCUUUUUGUUUGUUUUUUGAUUUUUGUUUUGUUUUUUAGGUUCUACAUAAGUGAGGUUAUAUGGUAUUUGUCUUUUCUUUGUGAUUUAUUCUAUUUAGCUUAAAGCUAAAUAGACUUGCUUGUUAAUGUUAUUUGCAAAUUUUGGAGCUAGACAAAAUGAUGCUCAGUGAGCUUUCUGAGGCUUUACUAUUCUGUGACAGGAAUUCUCUUCAUGUGUGAAACCUGGCAUAAUUUUCCAGUUCUGUAAAUUGCUGGCACCGGCAGGCAUGGUGUAAAGUCGUGACAUCUAGCACUCGUUUUCCGGUGAGAAACAAACUCAGAGACUGUCUCUUCCCCUUGGUCAGGGUGCUAUUUGCCAACACUUGGAUGCUCCCCGCCAUUCUUUCCCUUCUACCACGGAGGCUUCCAAGAGGCUGUUCAUAGACAUCUCUAAGAUUGAGCCCUAGCCGUGACUUUGAUCAUGAAGAAGAGAGCCGUGCAUUUCCUCUUGUCUUGGUUUCAGGUUUGCCGGCACAAGUACACCCCUACAACAGGCUUUUGUUACUUCAUACUCAUCCUUUGAAUAUGUGAUUUUAUAUGUGAAGGAAAUUGUGGUUUGUAUUCAGUUUAUCAAAGUUAUCUCCAGAUUGGUUUUCAUACCUAUUAAUAUCUGUAUUAUCCGUUGUUACUAUAAAAUAAUUCAGGCUGGGUUGUGAAACGCUUUACCAUUACAAAAGUAUCUUAAUAUGUAACAGUGACCUAUUUGGGGAAAUGUUUUAUUUGAAAUUUAUCAUUGAAAAUUUAACAUUGAAAAUGUUUUAUUUGAAAUUUAUCCUUAUUUUGGUGUAUUCCUUAUCCAUUUGAAAUCAGUGGUUCCCACUAUUUACAUGAGGGGACCCCUUGCCUUGUAGGAAGUAAGCUGGCCUUAUGCUGGUUUUGCUGCUGACCUGAGUUGUGGACCCAGCCAUCCUUCAUCUAGAGCCUUCAGGUGGCAUGAAAGGGAGGGAUUGAUGGAGGGAAGCAAUAAGUAAACGACAUCGCGACAUUGGCUGUGCUUUUCUUCAUCUCUGUUUUGUGGAGUUAGACCUAAAGGUUUAGAGGCCUUGGCCAAUGCCAAGUUCCAGCCUAGAGGACUUAAUGAAGCUCUCCUUUGUUUGCUCCCCAGGGGCAGGACCUACAGCUGUUGUGUCUAUACCUGUGUUGUCUGAUUGGCCAUGAGCCUCACCCUGUUAGUGAUUCCACUGAAGCAGGCCUUAUUUUUUGCAGUUAUGCUAACAAAUUAGUGGAGCUACAUUUUAUUGAUGUUCAUUGAAAUAGGUGUCUCAGAUGAGGCAUUACCUUGGGACAUACCCUGGACUUCCCAGUUUUGUCUGGGCCAGAGACUGAGAGUACAGUCUUAUUUGCAUGAAGUGACUCUAAGCCAUCCUUGUGUAUGACGCUGGUAAAAGGCAACGUUUAGUGCAGAGGAAAUAGGUACAAAUCCCUCAUCUAGCAUUCUAAACAGCAAUACUGGCUUCCCCUAUUGAAUUUAAAUAUUUAAAGUGUAAUUGUAUAUUCUAGGUGAGCUAAGAAAUGCUUUCUAAAUAAUAGCAAAAUUGAAACAAAUAGAAAUAGAGAGCAAACACAAUUAUGGCACUCGAAAAUAUGAUUUAGACUAAAAUUAUAAGGAAACAGCUAACUCUAAAAAAGUAAAUGUCAUGGUAAACUUUUGGAAAGUAUGUUUUACGUGUAAUUGUAUGUUCAUGUAUUUGAACCUAAUUUUAAUGUGAAAUGCUUUGAAUAAAUUAUACUCCAAAAA